AUGGUCUUCAACCCAGUGACUAAUCCCGUCAUCGGCGGCUUCAACCCCGACCCCUCCAUCUGCCGUGUGGGUUCCGACUACUUUCUCGCGACAAGCACCUUUGAGUAUUUCCCCGGUGUUCCUAUCUAUCACUCUCGGGACCUUGUUAACUGGACCGUCAUCGGCCACGCCCUCACCCGACCCUCGCAACUGUACAUGCCCAGGGUGGAGCCCAGUGGCGGUAUCUUUGCACCAACCCUCCGCUAUUGGAAGGGAAGGUUCUACAUGGCCACUUGCUGCGUUUACAGACGCAACAACAGAAUUUGUUCCGAGUCACGAGGCUUCUAUGUCCACACCGACGACAUCUUUGAUUCCAGCAAGUGGAGUGACCCCAUCUGGUUUGACGCCCUCGGCAUCGAUCAGGACCUUUUCUUUGAUGAGGAUGACAAGGUCUACCUCUGCACCAGUCGCCACUUGGACGUACACAGUCUGUCCCCAGACAACGGUGCUGUGAUCACUGGCUGUGAGAUUGACCUUGAAACGGGACGGUCCCUCACCACGCCCAAGGUUCUGUGGCAGUCUCUCCACUCCAGCCUGUGCACCGAAGGUCCGCACAUCUUCAAGCGAGAUGGGUAUUAUUACCUGCUGGUAGCAGAGGGCGGGACCCAUGUCGACCACCAGACCCGCAUCUACCGCUCCAAGUCGCCUCUGGGCCCCUACGACGAUGCCCCUCCGGGCAUUAACCCAGUCAUAUUCAAUGGUCCGCACCCUGUUGUUCAGAACUGCGGGCACGCGGACAUUGUCGAGGACGUCAACGGAAACAGCUGGGUCUUCUUCCUCGCUGUCCGCAUGCAACCCAACGGCAACGGGCCAAUGGGCCGCGAGACAUUCAUGGCACCACUCGAGUGGAAUGAGCAGGGCUGGCCAGUGGUCAACAAGGGCCGCCCCAUCACACUCGACGUUGUAGAUGCCACCAAACUGUCCAGUCUGAACACAUACACGGGAUGGCGUGACUCGUUUUCCGGCAAAGCCCUAGACAUCAACUGGUACAAUCUCCGUGUCCCUGUCAAGCCGCACCACGCUUUGAAGAAUGGCCAACUUACCUUGUAUGGCAACGCCUUCACUAUUGCCAACACCGACUGCCCCGCAAUGCUUCUCAUCAAGCAGGUGGCGCUUUCGGGCACCUGGUCCACCACUGUGGAUUUUGAGCCCAGCACGUGCGACCAAGAGGCUGGAGCUGCUGUCUACUGGAGCUGCUAUGCCUACGCCGCCAUUCUAGUCCGCAAGAGCCGUCACCCUGGCGCGGAACGCGAGGUUGUCAUGCGGUGGAUUGACGAGAACAGCGACGACGUCAAGACGCUCGAGAUUAUCCAGCCCCUUUCCAGCAAGGGACCUGUCAACCUUAGGAUCGAGGCCAAACCCGUGUCGUAUUCCUUCUCCUUCCAGGCAGCAGACGACAGCCACGCGGUCACCAUCGGCUCAGUCUCCACUGCAGUGCUGGACCGUUCGGGCCCGUCCGACUCGCCGUAUACUGGGGCUCACUUUGGCAUCUUUGCUCAGGGCACCGAGGGGGUACCAUGCUCUGACGAAGGACGCUUUACCGACGCCGUCCGCCUUCCGGAUCCCACACCCGGCAGCGGUGACUUUAAAGACAUUGUCUCGCGCAUCGAUCAACGAACUGCCGAGGUGGAGCGGAUAAUGCGCCGGCUCCUCGCCGCCAGCAACAACACUGUGGCCCCGUCAAUGCCGUUCUCUUCCUGCGACACUUUUGGCGACCGUGAAGAUGGAGUCGGUGAUGGUGACGAUAUGGAGCAGACCGUCUGGGAGCUCUUGCAACACAGCGUCGGAACCUCUCUCCAGGCGAUGAGCGGGUUAAACCUGCAUGACCGCACGCGGUUCCAAGACCCGAUUACCAGUGGCCUGCUGUCCGAGUCUGGUUUUGAUGACGUCUGUGUACAGUUCACAACCCUCGUUCGACGGACCUGCCCCGUUGAUGAGCUUCUCCCGGACACGCCGCUCCUGUCCCACCCCUUCCUCCGUUGCGCCAUCCUUCACUUCAUGUCCUUUACGCGGUCAUCGUCUGCUGAGGAUGUCGAAGCCCAGACCCGGCUUGAGCAACUACUACACGCGAACAUUGCCCUCCUCCCAUCCGCAAAUCCGUCCCCGGCAACGUUAAUCGGCUUGCUUAUCCUUGCGCUGUGCCCAGCGAGCGGAUUUGAGACCCGUUUUCUGAGAACCUAUGCUCCGUAUGGUGCUAUGGCUCAUGCUGCGUCCAUCGGGCAUGGGCUGGGUCUGCAAGACGCCGCGGAUAGGGCGCGACAGGAGUCGGAGAAGGACCUUGUCGAGGCGGCGUGUUUCCGGCCGAUGGUCCUGCAGUUGGCACUGUUUUACACACUUGCGCACCAAAAUGCGUGGUCCGACAUGUACUCUAGCCCUUCCUUUUCCUGUGGCCACAGCAUCGCGACUCCGUUUUCAUCGAUCCUAUCGCUGGGCCAAAUCAGAAAGCUGCGCUCGCCACUCCUCGUACAUCUCUACUACGAGAGUCAACUUUUGUCCCACGCCGCCCUGGUAUCCACCGCAUUCCAGCGCCUUCGGACCUCAAUUAUGUUUGAUGUCUCGCGCCUCAUGGUCCUUUGGCACCAAAUGGACAAGUUUCAAGCGUCAGCGAGCCAAUGGCGGUCAGAGGUGGCCGAAGAAGAAUUCCUCGAGUCGAAACACUUUUUAGUGUUAAACUCCUUGUUUCUCGAGUUCUUUAUGUGUCUCAAGCUCAGCACCGACGCGGGCACCCUUCUUCCAUCGCCGCUUGUGCUGCACGAUCGCGAACCGUUUCGCAUGGCGUUCGCCGGCCAGAUGAUGUCGAUGUCUGAAGCGUUGGUGAACCACAUCAUUACGUCCAAACUCGACCUUUCUCUCGUGCCAUCCUUCUAUCUUACCUUGACAUUCCUGCCGUGCAAAGCACUUCCCAACGCCGCCAUGAUUGACCCGAGCCGCCAGGCGUUUGUCGACUCGCCCACCUUCCGCCGGUUCCGCGGCAUUCUACUCGGUGCCCACCCACUAUCCGCUGCUAUGGUCGAACGGAUCGACCAGUCCAGACCACCGUCAGGAUGGAGGAUGUUGUUUGAGGACCAGGAUCCGCAAGCGGCACCAAUAGGAGUCAACAACAGUCAAGCGCAGCAAUCUAGUCCACCCAAGCACCUGCCCGUGGAGCCGCUCAUGGACCUGGCGCACCUCCCACCAGUGGCGGCCGACGAGGAUUUGCAGCAGUGGUGGGCGUUUGAGGACGUUACGAAUGCGUUUGCCCAGUUUGACGAUGCGGCCUCUGGCGAGUCUGCCACCCAUGAGUAA